AUGGAAAAACAGGUGUUCAAGGGGGACCCAGAUACCCCUCAUUCCAUCUGCUUCUCGGGCAGUGGAUUCCUCUCCUUCUACCAGGCCGGGGUGGUGAAUGCCUUUCGGGACCUGGCUCCCCGGAUGCUGGAAACGGCCCAUCGCUUUGCUGGGACGUCGGCAGGAGCGGUGAUUGCAGCCUUGGCCACCUGUGGGAUUGAAAUGGAUGAGUACCUCCAAGUCCUCAGUGUGGUUGUGACCGAGGUGAAGAAAUUCUUCUUGGGGCCCUUGUCCCCAUCCUGUAAGAUGGUGCAGAUGAUGAGGCAGUUUCUGUACCGGGUCCUGCCUGAGGACUCCUACAAGGUCGCCACGGGGAAGCUCCACGUGAGCCUCACCCGGUUCACGGAUGGAGAGAAUGUUGUGGUUUCAGAAUAUACAUCCAAGGAAGAGCUCAUCGAGGCCCUGCACUGCAGCUGCUUUGUCCCUGUGUACUGCGGCCUCAUUCCUCCAACUUACCGCGGCGUGCGGUACAUCGACGGGGGCUUCUCGGGCAUGCAGCCCUGCUCCUUCUGGACGGACUCCAUCACCAUCUCCACCUUCAGUGGUCAGCACGACAUCUGCCCGCGGGACUGCCCCACCAUCUUCUGUGACUUCCACAUGUUCAAUGGCUUUUUCCAGUUCUCCCUGGAGAACAUCGCCAGGAUGACCCAUGCCCUGUUCCCCCCAGACCUGGUGAUCCUGCACAAUUAUUACUACAGAGGGUACGAAGAUGCUGUUUCGUACUUGAGGCGGCUGAAUGCUGCUUACCUUAAUUCUCCUUCCAAGAGAGUGAUUUUCCCCUGGGUAGAAGUGUACUGCCAGAUGGAACUCGCCCUUGGCAACGAGUGCCCCGAACGCUGUCAACCAAGCCUCCAAACAGAGCGGGCCAGUCCAGAAGAAUCCAGACAACUUCACACACAAUGGGCUCCCAAAGGGGAAAGAAAAGGUGGCCAUGGUCCACCUCUGUCCCCACCUGUGCAGACACCUGAAUCCACAUGUGAGUGGCCUGUGGAGUCACUUGUUUCACCACCUGCAUCGCCACUGGCCUCAUCACCAUCACAUUCUCCAACUGACUUGCCACCUGUAUCACUCCCAGCUGUGCACUUCCUCCCCAGCUCAACACCUGGGCUGUCACCCGUAUCACCAUCACAGCAGGUACAACUGACUGGAUCACCACCCAGAUCCCCACCCCCCCAGUCAUCUAUGUCAUCCAGGACGUCCCUGGGGCCUUCCGCUGUGGGGACAUCUCCAACAUUGCCCCAAUGUUCUUCAGCAUCACCUGCACAGCCACCUGUGGAGGAACUGGGCCCAGAACAGCCCCAAGCUCCCUGUGCUUCUUCAAAUUCCAAAAGCACUGUGCCUCUGGCUAAUGGGAAGGAAACCAUGAGCAAGCCUUAUGCAAUGUAA